CCCACGCAGACACCUGAGCGCGAGAACAUCGGCUCCCUCACUUCAUCAAUACGACGGGCGUCCAUUCGGUUACAGAAUACAGCUGUUCCGCACAGAACGAACGGUCAUUCCAGAACCAUAUUAAAUUAGGCUACCGAGCGAUUACGGGAACAUCACACGUAAUGCUUGAGGUAAACGGGCUCGUACAGUAUAUUCUGCUCGCAUACUGUUCGUUGCUCAGCAUAAGAAACCAGUUUGUAUUGUAGUUAAUUGCGAUUUUAAUUAUUUGUACAGUUCCUAAAAAACAAAACACCUAAAGAGGAUAAACCUGAUCUGAUUUCGCUUAACUUGUCACCGAAUUUUAGCUUACUCAAUCAUUAUUUUAUCAUCUUCAUCAUCAUCUUCGAUAGUUCGAUUCUUUGCAGAAUGUGAAAACACCGGCCUCGGCAAGCGGUGACAUUUACAGCUAUUUCACCGUACAUAAAAUUUACAAAAGAAUUGCAAACUGAAAUACAGUUCAAAAUAUGUCAGGAGAAAUCAAUGCAAUCACGCGUGAAAGCUGUAUUUUAUCUUAAUGUUUAUGGACAAAAAAAGUAAUUGGACGCUUUACAAAUAUAUAUACAGUAGUCCCACAAUUCGCAAUCUGCAGGUACUGUAUCUGCACGGCUCCGUGUAUUUCCGAAUGACUUUUGGCACUGUGUGGUGUUUGUGGGUGUCACACUGGAUCACUGAAAAGAACUUUGCACCGUCGCCGUAAUAGCACCCGGAGGAGUUGGAAAGCAAGAGAAAACCCCUUGCAUCUGAUAAGACUGGCGUUGUUAGUUGAUCUUAGUAUUUGUAGUCACAAGGUGAACUCUGUACGGUAGAUCUGCACACAGUCGUUUUAAGACUCCGUUGUGGCUUUCGCACUUGUCUCAAAGGUUCAAAGAGGAAGACGACGGUUUUACUCAGACUGCAGCAACCCCUGCGUUUUAGACGUUUUAGAGGAGCCGCUGAACUUACAGAGCAAACACAGCUUGCGCUCCCCGCAAAAAGCGCAAAAAAAACCACACAUACUUUGUAGGAAGGUCUUUCACAGCUAUGCGGGAGGAAGAAGCAAUCUUCGAGAACGUCAUGAGACCGAAACGGAGGAUUUUAACGGCAUUUUCACCCCAAGCGCAUCUCCAAGCGGAUUCCUUACUGAAUUAACUCAUCACAUUUGUCAAAGUGGCGUUUUGCGGUUUGAUUGCGGUUGUAUUUUUCUGGUACUGGGAAAACGACAGAUGGACCCCAGGUCAGACGCAGACGAAUAAAAACACCCUAAGUAUGCUCCAGACAAGAGCGCGCUGUUGGCGAGGUGUCCCCAGCACCGACACGGGCAGCUCCCGGCCGUGAUGUUUGCUACUUCGGGUGUUGAACUUGCUUUGGGUCACCAAGACAAUGUUUGGGAAGCGUCUAACGCCACCACACAGCUCUAUCUCUCCAACAGCCUCCCAGCCUCGGAUCCCACCGCCAACGUGAGUCAGUCAUGCGGGGAACAACUCCUCGACUUCGGUACGGUAGAGAAGAUUAUGAUCGGGGUGAUGCUAACCAUUAUCACGGCGGUGACCGUGAUGGGGAAUACAUUGGUAGUGAUAGCAGUCUGUGUGGUGAAGAAACUGAGGCAGCCGUCCAACUAUCUCCUGGUGUCUCUGGCAGUGGCGGACCUGUCGGUGGCAGUGGUCGUCAUGCCCUUUGUAAUCGUGACGGACCUCACAGGCGGAAAGUGGCUGUUUGGCGAGGUGUUUUGCAAUAUCUUUAUCGGAAUGGACGUAAUGUGCUGCACGGCAUCCAUAAUGACGCUCUGUGUCAUCAGCGUGGACAGAUACCUGGGAAUCACCCGUCCCCUCACCUACCCGGCCAGGCAGAAUGGGCAGCUGAUGGCCAAGAUGAUUGCGGGAGUGUGGCUGGUGUCAGCCUCCAUCACCCUGCCGCCCUUCUGCGGCUGGGCCCAGAACGUUAACACGGCAGGCGUGUGCCUGAUCAGCCAGGACUUCAGCUACACCAUCUACUCCACUGCCGUGGCCUUCUACAUCCCCAUGGCCGUCAUGCUCAUCAUGUACUACAAGAUCUUUCGGGCGGCCCGCAAGAGCGCGGCCAAGCACCGCUUCGCCAGCUUUACCCGCCGCAAGGACCUGGAGACCGCGGCCAACGAGGGCCUGAAGCUGCAGGGCCUCAAGCCCCCCGGCAUGGCAGAGGAGUGCGCGGCCCUCUCGCGGCUGCUGGGCCGCGAGCGCAAGAACAUUUCCAUCUUCAAGCGGGAGCAGAAGGCGGCGACCACCCUGGGGGUGAUCGUGGGCGUCUUCUCCAUCUGCUGGCUGCCCUUCUUCAUACUCUCCACCGCCCGGCCCUUCAUCUGCGGCGUGCACUGCAGCUGCAUCCCCAUCUGGCUGGAGCGUACCCUCCUCUGGCUCGGCUACGCCAACUCCCUCAUGAACCCGUUCAUCUACGCCUUCUUUAAUCGAGACCUGAGGUCCACGUACAAGGACCUCCUGCGCUGCCGCUACCGCAAUAUCAACAGGCGCCUCUCUGCCGUAGGCGUGCAUGAGGCCCUCAAAGUGUAGCUCUCGUCUUGGACUCCCGGAUGAGGGAGAGAGCAACAGACUGGACGGGCUCUCCUCUGCCCCAAUCCCAAAGUCCUUUUGUGCCAACAAAAACGAAGAAAGCAGGUCAUCACAUGCUGGGAGGAAGCAAGCAUCUGUUCAAUCAAAACAUAACUGGAGUUUUGAAAGUGUGCUGGUCACUAUGAUUCACAUGCCAGUGAGUUACAUGCCCACAAAAACUGAAGAGGAAGUUAGUGGUCGAUUGUGUUUUAGUGCACUCCACAUACAAGAGCUCUACCCUGGAUAUUAGUUGUUCAGUCAAAGCAGAUCAUCUGACAUCCCUUGUGAAUCUUUGGCCUUCUAUGAAUUUAUGUAUAUACACAUACUGUAUUUGUAUAUAUAUAUACACAAAACAUAUUCCUUAGGACUUUAUUUCUGUCCUAUUAAAAUUCAUUGACCUUUGUGGAAUUCUGUCAUUUCACUCCUGACCCAGUGUGUGAGUUAAAAGAGUUAUCUUCAGGAGCCAGACUGAUCAGCAUACAGUAGAUAGGAAAAGACAUACAGAAUAAUCCUGUGAGAUAUGACAAAUAAACCUCACUUUGAAAGGCAACCUGUGAAGGGAAGUAACUAGCUUCAGUCAAUUCCCAAGCCUUAAACACCGCACAAUGCGCUGGAACCUGUGAUUUUGAAUUCUGUGUGUUUCUGUGCUUUCACUUUUGUAUUUCUGACUCUUUUGAGCAAUGAUCAGAAACGAAAACGUGAGUUGUCCAAGGGUUCCCAGGUCUUUUUUCUUGAGAUGUCAUGCGUCAAUUAAUAAUCAAUUAAUUGAUUCUUUGACUGAAGCAUUUGUAUUUAUUUUUGCUCAUUCAACACCUUCCAAUUUCAAGACCACACCCCAAAAAUAUUUUCUAAGUGUUUAAAAUUAUUGUUGAGAAGUGGGGCACUAGACAACUGAAGGUCAGGCUUGGAAAGCACAAAAUUAGGUCACAAGGCGAUCAUUUUAUUAUUCAUUAAGGUUUUCUCAAAUCAGAAAAAAGCAGUUAAUUAUUUUAUCAAAACCCUAAAGGAAUAAUAAAAUGAUGAUGGAACAUGUUUUAUUUUUUUACAAAUGGUGAAUGGGAAACCAUGUCACAUUUGACUCUUCUACCCUAGUUCAAGGGUUGCAGAGCUGAGUUGACUUGACUAGUACAUGAUGAGUACAGUACCUAGCAGAUCUAGUGUUUUUGAGCCAAAAGAUUAAUCAAUUUCUUUAAAUGUUAAGAAAAUUCCCUUAAGCAGAUUGAGUCACCUUUUCAUAAGAAGGGGAUUCUGAAGACUUCUUACUAAUUCAAAGGAAAUGCCGUGGAGAAGAGUUUUAAGAUCCUAUGCAGUGCCUCACUGAAACACUAUUGUGCGGCUGUAGUCUUGUAUUCUUCUUGAACUUCCAUCUCCGUGCUGUCAGUGGACAGGAGGAUUUAAAAAGACAGCUUCAACCCACUUGGCUUGUAAAAUCGGAUGACAUAGGAGAUUUGUCAUUAGGUGUUAAUGGGUUUGUAUUGUAUAUUGGAAGCAACAGCAGGGUUGAAGUUUGAAUACGAUCCAAGUCUCAGACAAACCAGGAUAAUAAAAUACUAUUUAAAAAAUAAUUUUAGAAAUUCAUCUUGCUACUAUCAAAAUAACAGCACCCACUGCAAAAAAUGCUAGUAAAAAUGUAUACAGGGCAAGCGAAGAAGAAAAAUCCCUGAUACAAAGUGUUUAAAGGAAGAUGGUAAAUGAUUAUGAUUCAGAAUUGGAUAUUGGGGAGUUUAUAAAGAAAUGAAAUACUGGCAUUAUGCAGGGCCCAAAGAGAAGUUGCAAAAAGAACACUCAGAAAAAAUGUGUUUUAACAGUUGGUAUGUAAGUGUAUAGAAACACAACAUGAAGGUAUGAAAUCAAUAUAAAAGGUUCAAUUUAUGGUUUCAGCUCAGCCCUUUUGGCUUUGUCUUUCAGAAGACACAUGCUUUUACAAACACAUACAAAUGGCUAAGCUGUACAAGGCAUGUCUCUGGCGUAUCUAUUCUCAUGUACCUUUCUAUACAAACUUUUGUGCUGAAUCUGUGUUUUGUGAAGCCCACUGCGACUUUCUUUAACAUGAGAAGAAUGUUACAAAAACUUGAAUGCUGCAUCAAAAAGGAAACACUUUAUCCAAACUCAAACAGAGAUAUAUGUUAAAAAAUAAGACAACAAAGAGUACCCACUUCAGGUGAUAAUAUAGAUAAUAUUGUACAGUACUCAUGUGAAUAACAGAUGUGAGCAGUGCAUACAUAUAAGUACCUGCUCAGAAUGGAUGCUGGAAACAGUUCUCAUGCUGUUGUGAGUAUACCUGGAAGUGUUGUACAGUAUUAGGCUUAGAAACUAUUUUUCUUUUAUUUUUCUGGCAAGGUACAGUAGCUAUUUACUGUCUAUUCACACAUACACGUUAUACAUACUACAUACUACAUACAUAUUCUACAUAUUAUGCUACAUACUACUGUAUAUGUAGCAUAUCUAUACGUCCCAGAUGAUGGUGUUCUUAAGAGCAUGCAUUCACAUGAAUUAUGAGACUUAAUAUAUUUAUUGGGAUUGAAUGCUCUUAAGUAUACCUUAAACCUGAAAAGUUUUCCUAGAAAGACACUUAAAUAUUGAAUGUUAAUUUCACUAAAGUUAGCAAUUUCACAUUGACAAGUUAGGGUUCAAGUAUGCUAAAGGUUUAAUUACAAGUCUCUAGCUGUUUCAGCCUUCCAAAGUUUUGAAAUAUUUUCACAACAUAUACAGUAUAUACUGUAUAUACAGUGCAUACUGUACAUACAGAGCUUCUUAACCUCUUCUCCACAGGUUUAUACAGAAUUCAAAGACAGACCAAGGAACAUGUUUCUAGAAUAUACUUCCACAUAAAUGUUGUGAAAAAUGUUUUUCCCUCCAUUUACAAAAACAAAACUGGCAAGAAAAAAUGACCAGUUGUUUAUUUUUUAUUUGAAUUGUGUUGACAGAUUUCUCCUCUAAUUCUACCUAUGACCCUGUAGGAAAGAUUCAAACUUUUGGAAAUGUCUAUGUGCAGGUUUACAACAUGUAAAUUAGCUACAGUAUGUGACCUACAGUAUAGUGAAAAAUUAUGUGGCUGCUCGUUUUCAAAU